CUCAGGUAUUCCACCGAGGAUUGUUCCUUUGAAGAGGAGAUUCGUCCAGACGGCUACAAUGUCUACAAAUCAAAAAAAUACGGAAUAUCGGUGUCUUUGAGUAGUGCCAAGCAAAGACAACAGUUCAAAGGGAAAGAUUUUCUUCCGCUCUCUCACUUCUUACCUAUGAUCAACACGGUGCCCGUGGAGUCAACAGACUUUGGCGAAUACAGCGAUUACAGCCAGGGGUUGGAACCGGAGGUGUACUCCUCGCCUCUCGAAACGGACAGCAUGGACCCCUUCGGCAUCACCUCCAAACUGUCACCGGUGAAGAGCCCCAGCUUUCAGAAAUGA